AUGAGCGGUGUGCCCCAGGGGUCAGUACUGGGGCCCAUCAUGUUUAACAUGUUUAUUGAUGACCUAGAGGAGGGAAUUGAGCACACCCUCAGUAAGUUGACAGAUGACACCAAGUUGGAAGGUGGUGUUGAUUUGCCUAAGGCUAUCCCCCCCCGUCCUUCAGCCCUUCAGGCCUGGGCGGGGUGGUCACGUGGCUGCCAUGGCAACGCGGCCCGCCCUGCCGCUAUGAGGCGGAAGCAGGCGGCGGGGCCGCGGCUGGUGAUGGCUGGUGUCCUGCUGGCGCUGCUCGGCCUCCUCUGGGGCUCGCAGAUGUUAAAAGCAUUUGAUUACUUCUCUUCUUGGAAGGGAGAUGGAGAGCAACAGAUGUACAAGUUGGACAUAAGCUGGCCUAAAAUUCCAGAGUACUUCAGUGGCCAAACAUUUUGUGUUGCUGUUGAUUCUCUUCAUGGUUUGGUCUAUGUGGGACAGAGGGGAGAUGAUGUACCAAAGGUGCUGGUAUUCUCAGAGGAAGGCUAUUUUCUUGACUCCUGGAAUGAUACAGUUGAAAAGCCUCAUGGUAUCUUUGUAUCAAACACCGCAACAGAUAGUUCAGUAUGGAUCACAGAUGUCGGAUCAGGGAAAUAUGGGCACACUGUGAAACAGUACAGCCCUUCUGGUAAACUUCUGCAGGUGUUGGGCACGCCAGGUAACGCUGGUUCCAGUUUGAAUCCCCUACAAUUUGAUCAACCAGCAGAGCUCUUUGUAGAGGAGAGUGGAGAGAUGUAUAUUGUGGAUGGAGACGGAGGAAUGAAUAACAGAUUGCUCAAACUUUCCCAAGAUUAUAAAGAGAUAUGGCUGAGUGGAGAAAAUGGAACCGGUAUUGGCCAGUUCAAGAUCCCUCACAGUGUGACAGUGGACCCUUUUGGACGGGUAUGGGUUGCAGACAGGGACAACAGAAGAAUCCAGGUUUUUGAUAAAGUGACAGGGGAAUGGCUGGGGGCUUGGAGCAGCUGCUUUUCAGAAGAUGGACCCUAUUCUGUCAGAUUUACUGGCAAUUACAAGUAUCUGAUUGUAGCUCACCUGCGUAUCAACCGCUUGGCAAUCUUGGCAGCACCACCAGUUGGCGAAAUUGGGGACUGUGCUAUAGUCAGCACAAUCCAGCUGGCAGAUGAAACCAAGCCACACCUUGUAGAUGUAGAUGUGAAGAGUGGAGCAAUCUAUAUUGCAGAAAUUGGAGCCCAGCAAGUGCAAAGAUAUGUACCCUUAAGUUGAUGGUUUCCCACAAGUACUGUGGCACAAGCUGUAUGACAUGUAAGACCUGUGAUCACCUUUCCUUGAGUUUUCUGCAGCUUGUGUUUCCUUAGACAAGCACAGAACAUUGUGCUCAGAACUCUAGGGAGAAGAAUUUGUUCUUGCUGCAGUUCUGGACAAGUACUUGGUCUUGAGCUGUUAAUCAUUUGAAUAAUGCAACGAUGGCUUUUCCUUUUAUUUCUGGAAAGAGGAAGAUAAGUAUCUUUAUUUUAUACAAUUUUGUAAACACUGAAAAAUUUAUUAAUCAGUGUACAGAGCUUCAAGUUGGGGCUCAAAUACGUGGCCUGUUGUGUAUGUUGUUAAAUGAAGGCCAGAACUGAUCUGAGGGAAGUAUAUAAAUGAUUGAUUUUUCUGCUAGUCAAACACCUCAUUAUAACACUUCUUUAGGUUUUUUGUUUGUUUUUUUGUUUGUUUUUGGUUUUUUUUGUCUUUGUGCUGAAACUGCCCAGCUCUGAAUACAGAGAUGCAUUACGGUGUUGAAUAAGAUGCUGCUGGAUGCUGGUGUCAGUGCUGACACUGGCAUCUGCCUUGAGUAGCUAAUAAUAUCUGCAGUGAAAUCAAAGUUUUUACUUUCAGCUGAAGCAGUCAAGCCUGUAAUAGGCUACAGUUAAAAUGACGUCAGGCAUGUCUAACUAAAUUAAAAGUAUGUGCACAGCAGCCACAUACUAAUUCUUAACUAUGUCUAUUCUUAAUCUAAUUUGAUUUAUUAUCAGGAUGAGUUUUCUGUUCAGUGAAAUUUCACAGUGGAACAUAUUGGAGUUCAACUCAUUUAAGUUGCUCAAGGUAAAGAAAUCAGAAUUUGCUAGGAAACUCUAAAACAGCAUUUGGGGCCUUAGAGACAUGAUGCUCACCCGAUGUUAUUGAAGCUCAGUCAGUUAGCAAUUGUUUUGAUUUGGGUUAUUUUUCUUCACCAUUUUAUAUUCUGCACUUAGACUUUCACUGCCCCAAAGAGACAACUCCGUUAAUGUCUAGAUUUUCUUCCUUUUGAAGGACUUCUUAACAGAUGUCUCCAAACUCUGUUCUGAAGAAAAACUGUGUAAUCAUCUUACUUUUCUGAAUAGGAACACCAGUAUAGUACAUUUCUUUCCAUUCCCAGUCCAGAAUGGUUCCAUUUUCUUUACACGUUGCUAUGAGAUUUUAUGUUUACAGCACAGAGGGAAGUGGGUACAAAAAGGGAAUUGGCAAAAAGGCUUUUGCAGCCUUAAAGUGAGUCACCAAGUACUUCUCUAAAGCCAUCCCAUGUUUAUCUACUAGGUUUUCAAAACAUUUGGGAGUAUUUCUCCUGUUUCCACACAGUAGAAUGUGUGGAACUAAUUUAAUGCUAAUCUAUUAAAGGCAAUUCUUUAUUCUACUUCCUUGGGAAAGAAUAAGGGAAUUGUAUUAAUUCUGAAGGUAUCCAUGUUAGUGAAUGUCAUUUAAAGCAAAUGCAUCUUAAUUUGGCAGGUUUCAAUGUAAGAUCUCAACGUUUCUGGGUCAGCAGACAGGGAAAUUGUCCAGAAAAGCCAGAGAUUCAUACAUUUUCUUUGUGAAGCAAUUCAGCUGUGAACCUGAUGCCUUGUUUUCAGCACUAUUUGGGAUUAACGCACUACAUGGGCAUCCCUGCCCACAGUAGGGGGUUUGGAACAAGAUCCUCUUUAAGGUCCCUUCCAACCCAAGCCAUUCUAUGAUUCUGUGAUAUAAAUGCUUUGCUGCUGGCUGGAUCAGCAAUAAUAAAGGCAGAUCUAACCUGUCUGCACUCGUGCCAGCCCUGGAACUAGGACUUCAGCAAAUAUGAUUCAUCAUUUGCAUUGUAUUGAAUUUCAGCUAAAAAGCAGUGUUUAUUACCUGGAAAGGCAGCAGUUCUUCCUCUUGACCUCAGCAGAUAGGUCCACAUAGCUUGAAAGUGUGUUGUGUGGAUUUUCUAACUGGGUCACCACUAGCUCAGGGAUUUCUGCCCUUUGUGCAAUCUAGCUAUUGCUCACCUACAGAAGGUGAAAUUAUCUUUAAAAAUAUUAAUAUAAUUAACUAUACUUGAGCGUGUAUAUUUGAUGCUGUAAGGGAUCCAAGCACAUUGAUUCUUUCUCAUCCCAUCUCAUCCUUAUUUAUUUUCUCUUUGUUGCAUCCAUUUGAAGCAAAACUAAGCUUUCUGGAAACACUCUUCUGUGUUCUGUGGAGGAGUAGUGCACUUCUGGAUGUUGACAAACAAGUUAGUUAUGCACAUUUCAGUUUGCUGUGUGGAUGUUUUUAAGUGGGCUUUUGCAGCACCUAGAAAUGGGGAAUAUUCAUCCUAUUUUGUCUGAAUUUACUGAGAUGGACCAUGGUGCCAAAAUAAGCCUUCCCUUUCAGGAUUGGGCAUCUGUGAUAAGAAGGGAUGUAAAUAGCAUAAGAUUCUCAGACUCCUUUUUCACUUUUGCGUCCGUGGCCAAAUUGCAAAAAUGAUAUAUGCACUUUCUUAUUCUGUGAGGGUCUUCUUAUGUAUCAUCUUAAAUCUGAUCUCUGAAAAAUUGCAUAAUAGGAUAAUUUGGUACAAUAAAUUGCGAAUUUACCAUUGUGAAA